CGGAAGCGCGACGGGAUCGGGGCGGUGGGAGCGGGGAGCAGCGAGAAGGCGGCGAGUCGAGAGUCCGGACCGAUCCCGUAGGGACCUGCGCGUCCUCCAGUGCCGCGUGGCAGGAUGGGCUCCCUCGCGGGCUGAGCCCUCCGGGACGGGAGCACCACACGUGUGGGAGCGCUUGUUUACAGCUCCCUCUCUUCGGGCUUUUGCGGCGUAGGAAGGGAUGAAAUAAGCAGCUGGUCGGGACCGUGCUGUGCUGAGCAGAGUGACUAGUGAUCAAGGAGAAAGAAUGUGAUGAAGUGUUAAAUUUUUAUUGGACAGUUCUAUGAAGUAGAAACUUCCUGAAAUAGAAGACCUCUCAGCCUUGUAAUGAAAAAUGAGUGGUGGGUUGGCACCAAGCAAAAGCACAGUGUAUGUGUCCAAUUUACCCUUUGCUUUGACAAACAAUGAUCUGUACAGGAUAUUUUCAAAGUAUGGGAAAGUUGUCAAAGUUACUAUUAUGAAAGACAAAGACACCAGGAAGAGCAAAGGAGUUGCCUUUAUUUUGUUUUUGGAUAAAGAAUCUGCACAAAACUGUUCUCGGGCACUUAAUAACAAACAGUUGUUUGGAAGAGUAAUAAAAGCAAGUAUUGCCAUUGAUAAUGGAAGAGCAGCAGAAUUCAUUCGCAGGCGUAACUACUUUGAUAAGUCUAAGUGUUACGAAUGUGGGGAAGCAGGACACUUAAGUUAUGCUUGUCCUAAGAAUAUGCUAGGAGAGCGGGAGCCACCGAAGAAAAAAGAAAAGAAGAAGAAGAAGAAAAUAGUUGAGCCAGAAGAAAUUGAGGAGGAAGGAGAAAGUGAAGAGGAAGGAGAAGACCCUGCUCUGGAUAGCCUCAGCCAAGCCAUAGCUUUUCAGCAAGCCAAAAUUGAGGAAGAACAACAGCGAUGGACACAGACUGCAGGGGAAUCUUCAAUUUCAGAUGAUUCAAAACGUCCACGGAUUAAGAAAAGUGCUUAUUUCAGUGAUGAGGAAGAACUUAGCGAUUGAAAUAAUACUAUUCUAUAUGUAUAUAUAAUAUAUGUAGUGUACCUUUUGUAAAUUGCUACAAAGUGAUCUGUAAUAUAAGUUUGUUUUGGUGUUGGAGACACUGAAAAUCAUGUUGUAUUUUUAUUCUGUCCUCUCACUCUCCUGUCUUUUUAUACCUGUUCUCAAAACUUCACCUUUCAAGGCAGCUUCUUAAGGAAAUGGUGUGUUCCUACACUUAAGUCCAGAAGAGUAUCUAUGAGAAUACUACUUACAGUUAGUAUCUAGACCCCAACCCUGAGAGUGAAAUCUUACCUAAGAGAAUUUCCCACAGCUUUUUUCCCAACAGGAUUCCUCUUAGGACGACUGUUAGCACCACUGAUUGUUUACGUAUUGGUCUGUUUAUUGCCUGCUUGGAAACAGGAGGCUUUAGCAGUACUUCAGUGGAAUGCGAAUCUUGCACUAGUUCCUAUUCAUAGGGUUGAAUUUCAGCUUUAAGCAUUGUACUAGUCUUUUAACUUCUCAUACAGUAGAUGAGAAAUUACUGUCGCAUCAGCACUGUUUUUCCUGACUGCCGUUUGGGUGCCUAACAUGGUAAUUAUGAUUAUCCAUGGCGUUUUGAAUAUACUUGUAUCUAACCUGGGUCACAGUUCUAUGUUCACAGCCAUCUGAACCUGUUGGCAAAAUCUAAAAGGCACAAAGUUUCCUACAUGCUUAAAAAUUAGCUUUCAUGUAUACUUGGAACCAUCAUGGUCUCUAAGCAAAGUGUGUCGGCACCUAUUUUGCAAAUAAAGCUGUCAAGACCUUUUAAAUAGGGUCUCCAUCCUUACAUCUCUAGGGUUCUAGUCAUGUUCUCCUGUAUCAGCGAUCAUUCCCAAAACCACAGACACUUGAUUUCUUACUGUUCUUACAGUUCUUACUGUUUUACCAUCAGGACUUAAUUUUCUUCCAAAUAUUCCAUUAUCUGUUUUUAAUACCAAUUUAUAUUCAAAUACAUAAGAUGCAAAGCAAAGAAACACACACACACCCCCCCAUCAAAGCUAGUAUAUAGUCUCGUUCCGAAGGUCAUUCUUGUGCUUGUGUUGCUCCAUAAACACAAGAAUUCAGAAACAAGAAUAAGGUAAUAAAAGUUUUUUCUCUGCAAGCUACUCAAGCCAUUGGAAUAAGGAGGAAUAUUGAGUUCUAAACAUAGGAAGGUCUUGGACUCAGUAAUCAAAGGAAUGUUUUUAAGACUGACUUUUUGCUGAAAGUACCAUAUAUUAAAUCUGAAGCUUCCUUUACUGAAUUUUGGGAAGAUCUCUUGAUACUGAAUAGCAGAGUGCUAAAGUGCCAGGCGUAACUUAGUGAUAGUAAAUGCAAAUCAGUCUACAUCGUGUAUGUAAUAAUAAAGCCUGAGGAGUUCUAAACUCUGCUAAGGAAGAAAGUCUUGCUGCCAGCAUGCUUCUCUGCAAAUGCUAGGUUAGGACGCAGUGACAGUCAAAAAAAAAAGAAAGCAAAACAAACAAAAAUAUUAGACCACUACUUAAAAUUGGGGUUUGUCUUCUUUUCAAGUACCACAUUCAGUGCUGUUUUUUGAAAAAGAUAGAAAACUAAAAUGUGACAGAGGACCAGUUUGACAUUGUCCAUGACUUUGGUUUGGGAAUAUUUGAUAGCUUGUAAGAGUUAAGAUUUCAUUGAAGUGAUUAGGCAGCAAGUUUCAAACUUGUAUUUCAUUACACUAUGUAAUGUAGUAGUGGAACUCACUGCUAGGAGACUUCAGGGUCAUGCAGUCAAAAGGAUUAGGCUUCUACGUGAAACAGAUUUUCAAAUGUUAGUUU